GUUGAGAUUCAUUUUGUUAGUUUCGGCCAAUCAUCUCUCUAGUCUGUCAAGAUCGUUUUGAAUUCUGCUCCUGUCUUCUGGAGUGUUGGCUCUCCCUCCCAGUUUGGUGUCGUCUGCAAACUUGAAUGCCCUUUGGCCUCAGCCAAGUUAAUGAGGCACCUGGCGGGCACCUGUCCAGUGGCUUCUGGCAUUCCCUCUGGCUGGGCAACAUUUGCCCUUUGAUCGGGAGGAAUGCAACUCCACAGCAGGAUGUGAGCAGAGCCUGGGGCCUUGCCUUGUCCCAUAUGGGGCCGAGGGGCCUGUGGGGCUGGAAAGGGCUGGGCUGCUGCCUCCUCAGCGCCCUCCUCCUCUCCUUCUCCUUCUCCCGGGGCCUGCAGCUGUUGCUUCUUGUAAAGGAUGCCCAGGGGACUCGCCGCCACGAGAGCACUGCAGCACCGGCCCUUCCAGGAGUGGACUUUGGGUCCCUCUUCUCAGGAAGCGCCCUUGAGCCACACUGUGAGCCGAGGCAGAUGCUGCUGAUCCUCGUGGCUUCGGCCCCUGGGAAUGCGACCCCCCGGCGUGUGAUCCGGAGCACCUGGGCAGAGAGGCCCCUCUCGCCGGCACACCCCUGGCAGGCCGUGUUCCUGGUUGGCCAGAGUCUGGACAAGAGGGUAGCCCGGCAGAUCCGGCGAGAGCAGCGAGAGUUUGGGGAUGUGCUGCUGGGGGGCUACCUGGACACCUACCGCAACCUGACUCUGAAGGUGCUGCACGGCCUGAAGUGGGCCACAGAGCGGUGCCGACCCCACUUCAUCCUCAAGACCGACGAUGACUGCUUCGUCAACACCGACCGGCUGCCGGCGUUCCUGGCCCAGCAUUGGCAUGUUGGGCUCCUGCUCUACGCCGGCUCCGUCUUCCCACGGGAGAAGCGCCGCGUCAUCCGUAGCCCGGCCAGCAAGUGGUAUGUCUCCAGGGAGGACUACUCGCCGGAGGAAUACCCGCCCUACGCCAGCGGCAUUGGCUACCUCCUCUCGCUCGGGGCGGCCAGGCGGGUCCUGUGGGCGGCGGAGCGGGUGCCCCCCAUCCCGGUGGAGGACGCCUUUGUGGGCAUCCUGGCCCAGAGGGCAGGGCUACGGCCCACAAGCAGUGCCCGCUUCGCCCAGCAGAACGCCCGCUGGCACCUCUGCAACUACCGCUUCCUGAUGGUCAUCCACCACCUCAACGCCUCGGAGCAGCAGGGCGCCACGCGGAGCAUGAGGGAGGCCCAGGCCGUUUGCAGCAAGAGGCCCCAGGUCACCGGGUGGACGUGAGCACAGCUCAGCCAGGGGCUGAUGGGCUCACGGAUGAAUCAGAAGGGCCGGGCUGUGGCGCAGGCUGGAGAGCAGCUGCUGCAAUAAAUCACUCUGACCAUGAGGUCAUGAGUUCGAGGCCAGCCCAUAGCGGGGUGAGCACCCGUCAAUUAAAAAAUAAAAAAUAGCCCCUGCUCGUUGCUGAGUUAGCAACCCGAAAGAUAGUUGCAUCUAGGAAAUAAGGUACCACUUAUAAAAAAGUGGGGAGGCAAAUUUAACUAAUUUACGACAUUGGAAUGAGGAAGUGCCAUCAGAGUGGAUGAGGAAGCAGCUGCUCCCCCCUGUGGCCAGAAUCGAACAUCCCCUCAGGAGAAGGUUAAAUGGCCUCGGCGUCUGUCUGUCUCUGUCUCAGUUCGAUGUGUUUAUGGGCAUUGAAUUUUUGCCCUAUAUGUAUAUAAUGUGAUCCGCCCUGAGUCUCCUUCGGGGUGAGAAAGAAGGGCGGAAUAUAAAUACUGUAAAUAAAUAAAUAAAUCAUCAUCAUCAUCAUCAUCAUCAUUUAAUUACUUACUAAUUGCCCUCCAUCCACGAUGCUCUAGGUGAUUUACAAGAUAAAAUUGUAAAGGAUAAAAAUACAUACAUACAAAUAUUGAUAAAAUUAACAUAGAUUAAAAGCUCUAGUAAAGAGCCAGGUCUUGAGUGGUAGGGUAAAAGGCCCAAACUCAUGCAUGGCUAAAUAAAUAAAUGGUGGGCUUUCCUGGAGUUCUGUGUGAUGAAGAUUCAGGCCAGGUGCAAAGUGUUGAUGAUCCAGGCCAGGGAGAUGAAACUGACCUGGACAGUAUAGAUCUCCAAGGUUGGACCGUGGAGCCAGAAACAGCCUCUUUAGAUAAGGGGUCAAGUGAUGAGCUAAUUGAAAUGGAAAGUUCUUGAGGGAAUGCACCUGGCGUUGUGGAGAGUAGCAAAGACCUUCAUCUACCGUUCCAAGCUGAGAAUCAACUCCGUAAGUCCAAGAGGCUGCACAGGAAAGAGGUAGAGAAAAAUUGUGGCAAGCUAAACGCGUUCUUAUUAAAUUCUUAUUAAAAUGCCUGCUGUUUACCUUAGGAUCAGUUCAGGCAACAUUGGCUUUCGAGGGAGAAGCUAGGCCUGAUUCUCGGGUCCCUGUGUCAAGUCUUGAUUGUGGAUUCAAGCAUUUUGAAAGGGUUAUAUUCUUGUUCUAAGAUUUCUGCUCAAGUUUCCUAGGAGUACCUUUGGCUUAUGGAUUUAUGCUGUACUUGUGGUUUUUUGGCUAUUCUUGGACUGCGUUACCUUUGGAUGUUUAUGAGACAUUUGGAUUCCUGUGUGGAUAUAUCCUAUUGCUAAUCCUGCUUUUGGCUCAUACCUCUUCUUUCUUUAUUCCUGCUUUUUCCAUGUAUUUUUCUGUAUUUUUACAAUAAACUGUUUGAUUAAA